AUGGACCUGCCAACUGCAAUGCACCCGCUUUGGGAGAUAGUUGCCCAGGAGUGCAGUGCCUCUUGCAUCACGCUCCUCGAGCCGCACCUUGGAGUCUUUGUCCGUGCCGCGGACAUUGCCGGGCAGCAGGGCAUCGCGAAGUUGCGGGCCUUUCUCCGCUGCUUGGGUGGCUUGCACAAUCGUGCCGAGCACGCAGAGCGGGCAGCACAGCACUGGCAGAAUUUGUGGGAGGAGUCCUUUCGGAAGGUCGUGGACGUGCGUCGUACAGCAGACACCUCCAGCCUGGGCUACGAGGUGCAGGUGUCUGACCUUCUCAAUGCCCUUAGCAGCAGCAAUCGCGAGCGCGAGCGGCUGGCCAAAGAAUUGGACAGCUUGCAGCGAACCUUCCAGUCCGCGACCGACACGCAGCUGUGGCAUCGCUAUGGCCAAGAGCUGCAGCUAAGGCAGCUAUGGGGUGCUACUUCCGAGCAGUUCGGUCACUGCGAGGUGCUUCAGCGGCAGCUUGCCGCCGAGGUGGCCGUGGCAAGGCAGCUCCGCACAGACCUUAUCGAGGCGCAGCGAAACCAGAGCAUGGCCGAAGCUGAGCGCACCGACGCUGAUGCGCGCGCCAAAGAAGCGGAACGCUAUGCACAAGAAGCAAAGAACUACGUCCACAAGCAGGUAGAUGAUGCUCUGCAAUUACAGCGGACGCACCUCCAGGAAGAGCUGGAGGUGGAAAGGAAGGCGUGGCGCCAGGAUGCGGCCACUGCCAUCCCCUUGCCUUUGGCAAGGGAGGUGCUUGCUGCAUAUGCAGAUCUUUGGCGCUGUGCGUGCGGCCAGGUCCUGGGCCUGCACAGAAACCGGGCCGAGCGAGCCUUGAGGCGUCUUCGGGAUCUUGAUGCUUGUGCCAUGCUGCUUCCACCACAGGAUGAGAUGCUUCAGGAACCGUUGCGGCGGGCAGUUGGCGAACCUGCUGCCAAAAGCCUGGCGGAGGCCUUGGUGGCGGAAUUGGAGCAGUGUCACAUCUCAGCUCUGAAGUCGAACAACGACUUGGACGGCUGGAGCAAGACAGGUGUGGGUCAUCGCGACCAGUUGAAUCUGCGGAGCUACGUGCCACUGCGAGCCAGGACAAUGAUCCUGGCCUCUGAGAACCGUUAG